AAUCCCAGCGCCGCUGUCACUGUUAUGGUCCUGUCAGGGCGCCGGCGUCGUGGUGCUUGGGUGGUCGCCACCAAGAGGACUUUGGUGGGGUAGUCUCGGGGCAGCUCAGCGGCCCGCUGUGCCCGUUUCUGGCCUCGCUCCCAGCUUGCACGUCGAGACUCGUAGGCCGCACCGUAGGGCGAGCGUGCGGGUCGGCGCCGCGGCCGCCUCGGGGUCUGGGCCCAGCCGCAGCCUCUUCUACCGCGGCCGGUCGGGAGGCGCCGCGAGAUGCAGCCUCCGGGCCCGCCCCCGGCCUAUGCCCCCACUAACGGGGACUUCACCUUUGUCUCCUCAGCAGACGCGGAAGAUCUCAGUGGUUCAAUAGCAUCCCCAGAUGUCAAAUUAAAUCUUGGUGGAGAUUUUAUCAAAGAAUCUACAGCUACUACAUUUCUGAGACAAAGAGGUUAUGGCUGGCUUCUGGAAGUUGAAGAUGAUGAUCCUGAAGAUAACAAGCCACUCUUGGAAGAAUUGGACAUCGAUCUAAAGGAUAUUUACUACAAAAUCCGAUGUGUUUUGAUGCCAAUGCCAUCACUUGGUUUUAAUAGACAAGUGGUGAGAGACAAUCCUGACUUUUGGGGUCCUCUGGCUGUUGUUCUUUUCUUUUCCAUGAUAUCAUUAUAUGGACAGUUUAGGGUUGCAUAUGGCCAAGUCCUUGGAGUUAUAGGAUAUUCAUUACUUCCUCUCAUUGUAAUAGCCCCUGUACUUUUGGUGGUUGGAUCAUUUGAAGUGGUGUCUACACUUAUAAAACUGUUUGGUGUGUUUUGGGCUGCCUACAGUGCUGCUUCAUUGUUAGUGGGUGAAGAAUUCAAGACCAAAAAGCCUCUUCUGAUUUAUCCAAUCUUUUUAUUAUACAUUUAUUUUUUGUCGUUAUAUACUGGUGUGUGAUCCAAGUUAUACAUGAAUAGAAAAAGAUGGUGUUAAAUUUGUGUGUAGGCUGGGAAUUCUUGCUGAAGGAAUUGGAGAAAACCUGUUGCUGCAAAAUUUUACAUGUUCCAGAUGGAAAGGGAAGUCUAAGCGCUUUUUAAAACAAUUUUUUUUUGUAUUUAAUUAAGCAAUUGCAGUUAUCUGGGAUUUUGGGGUCAGAAUUUUAAAUUCUGUUUGAUUCUCCGUAUUCCAGUGAAUAAAAUACAAAAGCAUUGUGUUUUUAAGAUUGUGUCGAUAUUCACCUAAAAACUUGUGCCAAAAGCACCUGGAUUGGUAAUUAUAUUUCACUUAAAGGGUAAAUUUGACAAUAUCUUGAUAAUCAAAAGUGCAAUUUUUUUCUUCAAAAUGUUUUCUCCAGCAUCACAGAUCCUGCAGAUAUAUAUUUAUAUUUAUACAUAUAUAUUUAUGAAAUAAUUCUUACUCACAAAAUAUAUUUCUGAUAAACAUUAAGAUAUUAAAUCUGAUGCACAAACUUUUUAAUUUGGCCAUUAAGCUUUUUUAUUUAAAAAUUUAAAUUUGUUUUUAAAAUUGUAUAUAGUUUUUAAAAUCUCACACAUGCUUCGAUACUUCCUUGUUAAGAAUUCUUAAUAACUACUAAAACUGAUUUUUAAUAGUUGCGGAUAUAUAUUUGGUUUGUUUGGGUAUACUUUUCAAAACCAUUUUUGAAUGUCCAAACAUCUGAUUUAAAGUUUCUGUUUAUCUUUCUGACCAAAGGAGCAAGAGGUAUAAUGGAUAUGGCAUUCAUUAAAAUCUUUACUAUGUACAAAAACAGUAAUAUUUACAGCAUCAGUAAAUAUUUUUAAGUGGUACUUUUAAAUCAUAAAAGUUGCGGAAAGAGACCUUUAAAAUCUUGUGGUAUUGAACAAUGUUAUAUGAAGUAGAAAAAAUAAAAUACUUCCCAGUUGUGUGUUUUGUUUUAUA